AUGGAAAAGUACAGGUAACUCUGAAUUGAGAACGGAAUCCUCGAAACAUUCCCCCAGGAACAAAGUGGUGAUAUUCACAAACGUGGCGUCGUUCUGCGGAUACACUGACUCCAACUACAACGCCUUCAAAGAACUGGACUCGGUGUACAGGGAGAAGGGAUUGCGGGUGGCCGCGUUUCCGUGCAAUCAGUUCGGGAAGCAAGAGCCAGAGAGCAAUGCGAACAUUCUGAAGUUUGUGAAGAGCAGCUACAUGUACACUCCAGAUAUGUACGCCAAGGUUUGGACCUUUUCACUGUUGAUUUUAAGAUUUGAAUGUUUCAGAUUAAUGUGAAUGGGCCUAGUGCACAUCCUCUCUGGAAGUUUCUGAAAAAGGAAAGGGGCUCUGCAGUGGCAGCUGAUAUUCCGUGGAACUUUUCAAAGUUCCUCGUGGACAAAAGUGGUCAUGUCGUCGGAAGGUAAGUGCCCAAAAUCGUUCCCCGUUCCAUGCGUUUUUCAGAUAUUCUCACGCAGUCGACCCUCUCGACUUGGAGGAAGAAAUCAGCCGUCUGCUCAGAACAUAA